GAACGCCAGGAGUCUUCACAUUCAUUUCGCUUCCUUGCUUCGUCUGCUCGUUUUCCUCCAAACCCUUGACAUCGCAGAGAGAGAGAGUAUUCAAACCAUCUCCUCCUCUCUCGUUGCCCUAGAUUUUUGCAGAAAAUCCAUCAUCUCUCUCUCUCUCUCUCUCUCUCUCUCUCUCUCUCCGAUCAUCAGAUCCUUCAAAGAUGGCCAAUGCAGCGUCAGGGAUGGCCGUGGAUGAUGACUGCAAGCUUAAAUUCUUGGAAUUGAAGGCAAAGAGAACUUAUCGUUUCGUAAUUUUCAAGAUAGAUGAGAAGCUAAAGCAGGUUGUUGUUGAGAAGCUUGGGGAGCCCGCCCAGAGCUAUGAGGAUUUCACUGCAAGCCUUCCCGCAGAAGAGUGUCGAUAUGCUAUCUACGACUUUGACUUUGUAACAGAGGAGAAUUGCCAAAAAAGCAAAAUUUUCUUCAUCGCAUGGUCUCCGGAUACAGCGAGGGUGAGGAGUAAGAUGCUCUAUGCAAGUUCCAAGGAUCGAUUCAAGAGGGAGCUUGAUGGUAUUCAGGUAGAGUUGCAAGCGACAGAUCCUACUGAGAUGGGCAUUGACGUUAUCAGAGGCCGUGCCACCUAAGUACGUAUUCUUAGGCCUUGAAAUGGAGAUUUCCUCCAUACUGUUUGUUUGCCUAAGUGAAAUGUCUAUAGUUUUCUGAGACAAUGAAUGUGGCUAGAUAUGAUGUUGUCGUAUCAGUCAGGUUCGGCACAGUUCUUCAUCUGUUGCUCUAAAAAUAACAUUGAUGCUUUCAAGUAUAUUUUGUGAUUGGUUAUUUGUGGAACCUAUCCAAUGAGUGUGUUUCCUUGAAGUACUCUGAUGUCUACAAGCUAAUGCUGUGUAACAGUUUGCGGUAUUAGGCUGCAUCUGUAGUUUGUUUCGAAAACUUAAAUGGAUGGUUAGCUCUUUUGUUGG